ACGGCUAGGCCUCAGCCUCCGGGAGCCGCCAUGGCCAGCUUCACCAAGGCCACGCAGCAAUGGGCCACAUUUGCUCAAGCCUGGUAUCUUAUAGAUGCGAAGAUGCAACCGCCAGGAAAAAUUGCAGCCAUCACUGCCAUCAGACUUCAAGGGAAGCAUAAGCCUGUAUACCAUGCACUAAGUGACCUUGGAGAUCAUGUUGUCAUAAUAAACACAAGGCACAUUGCUUUUUCCGGUAACAAAUGGGAGCAGAAGGUGUAUUCAUCACAUACUGGAUACCCUGGUGGCUUCAGACAGGUGACAGCAGCUCAGCUUCAUCUAAGGGACUCAACUGCAAUUGUAAAACUGGCUACGUAUGGCAUGCUCCCCAAAAACCUUCUCAGAAGAACUAUGAUGCAAAGGCUGCAUAUCUUUGCAGAUUAUGUUAUCCCCGAAGAAAUGCGCAAGAAUCUUGUAGACGUGCUUCCGCAGCCACGCAAAGUGCCCAAGAGGCUUGACGAAUAUACGCAAGAGGAAAUCGACGCUUUCCCAAGGCUCUGGAAUCCACCUAAAGAUUUUCGACCAGUGUAGCAGGAAGAGUGUGGAAGAAUGGGAACAGGAGCCUACAUACUU